GCGCGCUCACACUUCCACGCUCCCUGCACCAAGCACCAAAGACAGCAGACACACAGAGCGAAGCGGGAAAAGAAGAACGGGGAAAUCGCCAAGUAAAGCAUCGAUCGGAGGAGAAGGAAAGAGCCACGCAAGGGUACGAGGACCGCCGGAGACAUCAGAAGGACAGCAGCUCUGGCGUGCACUUUGCUCUCUUCUCUCCACAGCUCAUAGUGGGAAUGGAAGGACACGUAAGCGGUGUGGUGCAGAUGAAGCGAGAGAUGGGCGAAGAACGCGACUGAAGUGGGCUCUACCUUGGUAAAGAGCAGCAAAGCUGGCGGGAGAGAGAGACUCCGAGUGUGGGGGGGAGGGGGGCGUGGGAGAGGGUCGCAUCUUUUCUGGGUGGAACAUCUGCCCAUAUCAAAGGAGGACGUGAUCAACCGACUGCCCGAGCGAGGCUAUUAGGAGCGCCACCAACGGCGCCGUGUCCCACAAGCCCUCUACCGCAUCUCCAUCCAGCAAAUCCCCCGCAGGAGGGGAGAGUGCCUGGGACCGUCCACCGGGGUCCUCAAGGAAACCGGUGCAGAUGCGGCAGGGCGCGACCGCUGCUAGGCAGACGGAGACUGCAGCACUUCGCACACAGCCACCUGGACUUGCCACCCCGCAGAGAGGCUGCGAGGCAAGGAGUCUCCCCCGAGGCGAGGGGAUCAAAGGUCUAACGGGGCACGACGAGGGCAGGGGCUGAUGACGGUGCCAGGGAGGUGGACAAGAGGAGGCUGGAGGGUGGAGGAACGUGAUCCCUGGGCCCCUUGGCACGGUGGCCUGAGUGCACCGCCCACGACCACAGCACUAUUUGUGCGCUGAAGGAGAGCGCGGGAAGUGUGGCGACACCUCCACCUGAGGCACCAGCAACUCUUUCAACAACGUGCCAAGAUUUCUCCUUCUUCCGAACUCCCUCCUCCUCAGUCGAGCACAGCGGAUACAAACAGCUCAGCCCCCGGUUUACACCUCGCCGAUGAACACGCAUCUGCCGCUUGCGCACAGAGGGAGGGACCACUGAGCUCCCCAUCCACACGCACUCGCACGCAUCAACAGCUUGCACCCGUGGAUGCCUGCCUCGACACGCACCGCCUGCCAUGUGGAGCUGAUUCGAACCCUCGGCCGACACAGACACUGAAGGUCUGUGGAUAACCCCUUUUACCAUGCCACAAACCUCACCCCAACACCCAUCCCAGAAAUGGUACCCAUCCCUUACAGAGCUGCAGCAUCCAACAAAGAAAAACCAAGACCCCUCGCUUUCUCAGCAUCCUGAUCUGAAUCUCACGGGUCACAACCGAACUCUACAACAGCCACCCUUGAAGGUACAAGUCCAGUUCUGCCCCUCCUCCGUGGCAUGUGGCUCCACUCCGCUUUCCAUUCAUUGGCUCACCUUGGUCACCUGUGCUUGCCUGCUUCCCACUUUAUGGGGGCGAAUCCCAGGUGUACUGGCAGGUGAGACCUGGGGGAUGGUGUCCACGUGUCCAUUCCACUGCGUGUGCAGGAACCUCUCCGAGUCGCUGAGCACUCUCUGUGCAGACAAGGGACUUCUAUUCGUGCCUCCCAACAUCGACCGUCGCACCGUGGAGCUACGGCUGGCCGACAACUUCAUCCGUGAGGUAGGCGGGGAUGACUUUGCCAAUAUGUCCGGGCUGGUAGACCUGACGUUGUCCCGCAACACGAUCCAUGCCAUCCGGCCAAUGGCCUUUGCUGACCUUGAGAGCCUGCGCUCGCUGCACCUGGACAGCAACAGGCUGAUAACAGUAGGGCCACGUGACCUGGCUGGAUUGCCAAACCUGCAGCACCUCAUCCUCAACAACAACCAGCUGACCGAUGUAUCCUCUGAGGCCUUCGAUGACUUUCUGCUCACGCUGGAAGACCUGGACCUGUCUUACAAUAACCUGCGGAGCGUGCCCUGGGAGGCCAUCCAGAACAUGGCAAGUCUCCAUACGCUUCACCUGGACCACAACCUCAUUGACCACAUCAUGGAGGGUUCAUUUGGGGAGAUGUACAAACUUGCCAGACUGGAUAUGACAUCAAACCGACUGCAGACAUUGCCCCCUGACCCCCUUUUUGCCCGCUCACAGACUGGAGUAAUCAGCCCCACCCCCUACAAUUCUGUGGUCAGCCUAAACUUUGGCGGGAACCCACUGCACUGCAACUGUGAGCUGCUCUGGCUGCGGCGGCUGGUGCGCACUGAUGACAUGGAGACCUGUGCCACACCUGCACACCUAGCAGGACGUUAUUUCUGGUCCAUCCCUGAGGAGGAGUUCACCUGCGAGCCACCACUGAUCACCCGUCACACCCACAAGCUCUGGGUGCUGGAGGGCCAGCGAGCCACACUGAAGUGCCGAGCCAUCGGAGACCCCGAGCCGGUCAUCCACUGGGUGUCACCUGACGACCGCAUAGUGGCCAACACUAGCCGGACGCAGUCGUACCGAAACGGCACGCUAGAUUUGCUGGUGACAAGAGCACGAGAUGACGGGGCCUACACCUGCAUCGCCAUCAAUGCUGCUGGUGAGGCCACCGCCCUGGUAGAUCUUAAGAUUAUCCCUCUCCCUCACCGUGGGAACGGCACCAUUCCCUUAGUGAAUGGACGUGAUCCUGGCUCCUCCGACAUCACCACAGGGAAGUCUGGGGUCGGUGGCACAGGGGGCAGUGGUGGGGAGGCUGCAGGUGAGGAGGAGGAGGAGGAAGAGGACAUAGAGGAAGGCACUGCAGGAAGCGGUGAACCCAUGGUGGGGGUCGCAGGAGUCACAUCCACCACAGCGCAGGUGCGCUGGGACAAGGACUCUGACUACACGGUGUGGAUGUACCAGAUUCAGUACAACUGUACGGCCGAUGAGACAUUGGUGUACAGGAUCCUGCCUUCCACCAGUGACAGCUUCCUGUUAAAAAACCUUGUCUCUGGAGCAGACUACAACCUGUGCGUCCUUGCCAUCUUUGAUGACACAGUCACUUCCCUGGCAGCCACCAAAGUCCUGGGCUGCGCCCAAUUCAGCACCAAGGAUGAUUACCCAGAGUGCCACUCGCUGCAGGCGCACUUCCUUGGUGGUACCUUAACCCUCAUGGUGGGCGGGGUGGUGGUGGUAACGCUGCUGGUGUUUACAGUCGCCAUGAUGGUCCGACAUCGUGUGUGCAGCGGGCAAGGCAGGCAUCAUGAUGACCGCGAAGAGGCAGGCUGUGCCGGUUCUGCCACGCCUCCGCUGUUGGCCAAGGGAACCAAUGUGUACUCUCAAACCAAUGGAAGUGGCAGUGUGAUGAUGGUCGUCAUGCCCAAUGGACUUUUACCUCAGCAGCAGGGAACAAGAGGGGCAGCUCCAAAGGUCAAACCCAAAACCCUCCCAAAGCCCAAGUUCAUCCCAGAACAGUUUCGUGGCGGUGGUGAAAGCAGUGCCAGCUUAACAGUGGCCGUGUCAGAGAAACACCUCCCUCCUUACAGUCCCAAGGCUGAGAGCAGAGCCAUGUACUACACCCCCUCUGGAGCUGCCUCCACACUGCCACGCCAACUCAAAAUGAGGUGUGCUGCAGAGGGGGACAUGGAUAAGAGGGGCACCAUGAAGUCCCCUCACACAAAAAAGUACGAUGAGGAGGCUGUGUGGAGGCCAAGUUCAGGUAGGGGCGUGGUGGUGAAGCGGGGCGGAGGGGACAACUGGAGGUCCUCCCGUGCCUACCAGAGUCCGCCCCCAAGAAGUCCUACCCCAAGCCCAAAAUCCAUGGCACUGAGAGCAAAGCGCAGCUCCUCCUUAGACAUGGGCGAGAUUGCCACCACCACCUGCUACAGCUAUGCCAAGCGGCUCAGUGUAAUUUGGACGCGGCGGAGCCAGUCUGUCCACGGCAUGCUGGUGCAGUGCGCAUCAGCCACCAGCAGCACCUCCUCCUCCACCACGGACAGUCAGAGCCAUCGUGUCCCCAGCUAUCUACACGCCUAUAACACCACCAACUCCAACUCCAACACAGGCGCCCCCACUGGCGAGGAGGAGCUAGAGGAAAGUGUGGUAUAGGUGGGGCACGGCGACAACACAGGACGAGGAUGGAGGAGCAGGGAACGCGCACACCAGGAACCAUACAGGGGGACGAGGCUGAGAGGACCUCAGAGCUAGCAGUAGACUGAGAAACGUGGAGCUUCGUGGAGUGGCUAGCAAACCUUGUGUCGGAUCUGGGGAAGUGGGAAAUCAGCAGACAGAGAGUGCAAGAGAUGAGACAGCACUACAGGCAGAAAUAACAGAAAAAAAAAAAAAAAAAAUGAGAAAAGUGUAACGGAUAGGCCUGGGUCGCGGGAGUAAGAGCGCCAGAACAAUACUCGUGAAGAACAGGAUACACAUGUAACAGUGCUGAAAACACUCACGGAUGGACACUUAUGAAAAAUGGUCCUUGUGAUUACUGUGAUUCUAAAAACAGCAAAGGAAAUUUCUGUUAAAAGGAAAAAAUGAGAAAGGGCAUUACAAAGAAACUAGGAUGAAAUGGAACAUUACCUGUCCACCAAAAAGAAGGAAGUGUAUUUACAGCUUGGAGCUCCUUAAUUACAACAGAUCAGCAAAACCUUUACCAACCUAACCUCAAACAAACAGCAAAGAGCACAAAAUGAAAUGUAAUAAAACGUACAAAGGGGAAAAGACUGCAGAAAAUCUAAGUACAAUUCAGAUCCAGUUCAUAAGAAAAGGAUAGGAAGUAAAAACGAGUGUUUUUAGCACCUAAGGAAGGGGGGACAGGUGUGGCAGGAGGAACCAAAGUGGGUACAACCAGGCCAACCUCUACAGGAAGGGGGCAGAAAACAGAACCAAGCAGUACCCAUGAGCUUGGCCACAUGAACAGUGUAGGGGAUGAUAAACACGGUACAGUCAGAAUGAGUACAGAGGACGUAGCUGGAGUGCAAUGCAGAUACAUCUGGGAUGUGAAACAUACCUGACAAAAGAAAAUCAAAAUGUCCGUGCAACAACGGCUGGGAGAGGAUGAGAAUCCCGAUGUCCUCUGACAAUAAUGCAGACCCUGUUUUCUCAUGCAGGGCAAAGGGAUGAAACCUAUCACAAUGUACGAUGCUAAUAAUUCCUCUGUUCUCUGCUGGAGGCUUCCUCCAUACGGAGUAAACACAUCAACAUUGGCGGAGGCGAGCGAGCAUAUUGCAAACACUUUACUUAAGGGUGCCGUAUGUAACUUGCACAAGGGAGUGUGCGCGAGCGCUGCCGUACGUAACAAUAUACAGCAGCAUGUGUAACUUCCCACCCCGUUAGCAUGUGCUCACACUGAGCCUGGCGCACAGUACAACACGCGGCAUCCCUGCCGCCAGUACAUGACUGCUGGAGGAGGGGUGAGAAAUGGCGAUGUUGCUGUUAAAGCUUGCUGUGGUGGAUGCUGUUAAAGGGUCCUUGUGGAGCGCUUACAAGGACCAAUCGCAGUUCACAGAAUAAUUACGCACCCUUAAGCAAAGUGUAACCCAAAACUUUUCUCAAAGCUUUGGCUUCCUAUAGGAAUGGUGGCCAACAGCUUACAUUUCAUUGUUACCCACAAAACAUAGCGGAAAAUAGAACAAAGAAUUAUAUAAUGAAUAUAAUGCAAAAAUAUGUGGCUGAACACUACAUAGAGACACUUUAUGGGCUGUUGACGGAAAAUGUAAUAUGUUGUUGAUAUCUAUUUUAUGACUAUGUUUUUGGACUGACCAGGAGGGGAAUAAAGUGCGAUUUUGUUGAAAUAAUCUUCAAUAAUACAAUUUGUACGAUCAUUGUUACUAUGGCUGAGGUAAGAUUAUUAUUCAUUUAA